CGCUCCAUGGGUCGGAAACACACACAAUAACAUGGUUUUUGUUCCUUGUAGGGUUUAUAUUAACUCUUAUAUAUUGUCUUAGUAAUGUAUGGCGUAAUGAAGAGGAUCAUAUAAAGAGUGUAGCAUACAAGCCUAGAAAUAAACCAGUUUGUAAGGAACCACGAAAAGUGCUUUUAAGAAGACAGAAACGCCAGUCAAUAAGUCCAUCGAGGAGAGAUAGGCUGAAAAAGAAGAGGCCAAUACCCACCCACCUCAUCGAGCGACAACUCCAUAACCAAGGUGGCAAUAAGAUUUUUUCCAAAGAUUCUAUAGAAAGUGAUGUCUUCAGAAUCAGAAACAAACUAUACCGUGGGUCAGUACGGAAAAUAUCUAAAUCCAGUCUAGAAAUUCUAAGACGACCAAAAAGCAGAAAUGCUUCUUUAGAGGGUAAAAUGUACGACCUUGACGACGCUGAGAAUAUCCCAUGGGAAAUUUUAGACGUUCUACUCUGUAUUCAAACGCCUUGCUAUAAGCACGAUCAUGAUCACGUCUGUGUUAUUGGUAAUCACGUGUAUACUAUUCCUCUUUGGAAAAUUCCAAACACUACUUACCUUUCAGAUACAUCUUCUCCAUCUAUUGAUAUAGGCUGGGAAAGUAGUAGUGAGGACCACGACGAUGAUACCGAGGAAAAUAGUAAUGAAGAAUACGGUUAUGAUUAUAAAGACACUGAUGACGAUGAUAAAGACAGUGAUGGUGAUGAUAAAGACAGUGAUGGUUAUGAUAAAGAGAGUGAUGAUGAAAUUGACGAAGAUGGAGACGGGUUAGGUUUUUAUCAAUCGAAAGUGUCCCCAAAAAUCUAUGACUAUAAGACAUUCGUACCUAUCGAUCCUGCCAUCCCCGAUGGACUUCAUUUCAAUGAACCAGAUAAUAUUAAACUUAAGGCGCCAAUUAUUGAUAUCACAGAAGCCAUUGGCUCGGAAUCAUGUGACAUUGGAGAACAUGGUGACAUCUUGGUUGAAAAGCCAGAACCACAGACAGUUAAAGAAAUAAUUUUCACAAAAACUGUAGAAGUUAAAGAAAAUGUGAAAAAUGUUAUAGAGAAUGUUUACGAGACUGGAAAAAUUCUCGUUGAAAAUAUUUAUCCGAGCAUACCUUACUCAGCUCCAGAAACAACCGAUGACCAAAAGACAGCAUCUCCUAAGUUGAUCAUUAAUUCUGUUCUUAAUGAAGAUGAUAUAGGUCAACCGUGUGCCAAUUCUAGUUUUAAAACAGAACUCAACAACGAAUAUAGAACUAAUUUAGUGACGAAGCAAUGUUUUACGUCAGAUGAAAAUGACCUGAGUUGGGUUGAAGACGAUUCUACAUAUUUAGAAGAAAUAAUGAAUCUCCAAAAUGAGAUUAUAAGUCCCCGGAGUCGUCCGGGUUUCAAUGAAGUCGACUUUAAUUUAUCUCAACAUCUUCACGAUUUAUCAAUGAGACUGUCAAAAGAUUCCCACGAUAUCCACGACCUAAAUAAAACCCUGAGUUUUUACGGUGAACUGUCUCCAUUUGAAUUAGGAGCAUCAUGGCUAGUUAGAAGUCUUCUAAAUCAUGUUAUAGAUCAGCUGAAUAUUUCAGCACGGGCUGAUUCUCUACUGGAAGAUAUAUCUGAUAGAUUUACAUCUAUAUUAAACAAUAGUAGAUAAACUACAAUGGUAUAAUAUACACCCUUUGUUGUAUAUUUCUAUAGAAGAAGACAUGCUACAUUAACCAUAUGUAAUACACUAUGUUUUAUAAUGUAUGACAGUAAAUGUCAACCAAACAAUUACCUUAAAGGAAAAGUUGACUGAUGAAACUAUGAAAAACUUCAAGAGUAGACAUGUUUUGUUUAAAAUGCCAUAUUCUUAGACAGGACAUAAACAUGUGUGACAUAAGUUAAAAUAGGUUGUGGCAAAUUAGAACUUUGAUUAUUGCAAGAUCCUGGACUAAUUCUGUUAUACUAACACCCACAUCCGAAUUUUGGUUACUUCAAGAUUCAGUACCAAUUCUGUUUGUAUCCUACAUAGGCUACUCUAACAUCCAAAUCCAAAUUAUCGGCCGUGCUGAUCACCAACAAGAACGAGAGUUUUAUUUGUCAAAAACACCCAAAGUAUUGCAAAAAGUGACCGACAAGGAAAGAUAUUCUAGACAUCAUAUUCAAAAUUCAAAUGAUUUCAUAAAAGAUUGACAUUGCAUAAUUGAAAAUUUGAGAAAGCGACGCAAAAUUGAUUGUCUCGGGUUGGCUGCAUAGUGCAUACAUUACAUCAUGCAAGCCGUUAUUGUGGUAUCUCGAGGGGUCACAAGUUUUAUCCGAUUUUAAAAACCGUUCAAAUACAUCACCGUUACACAAUGAUGACGGUUCAGUUCGAAUUUCGUGAAAAACGGACCGAAACUGCCCGACAAAAUGAUCGCUCCAUGUACGAAAAUAAUGUAAAAGUAUGUAGUACCAAGGUUGUAGACACUCCAAAGGUCCUUUUUUUCCGAUUUUGAUUAAACUUAAAAAUAUGUUUAUAUCCCAAAAAUCUGUGUUCCUUUUGAUACUCGAGCGUAUCGGAUCGUAAAUUCCUGGAUUAUGGCUCAUGGUUGUACGAAAAAUCUUUUUUUUUUUUUUGAAAGCUUGGUCUCUGCCCAUCUCUUGCAAAAUGUGGGCGUAUCUUGCAAGGCAAUCUCUUGUUAUUUUGAAGCAUCUCGAUUAAUAUUUAUCGAAAGGUAACCAUUAAUUACAUAUGAUAUAAGUAUACUAUAGAUCUAUCUUAGAUUGCUUCAUGUCAGUAAGUUUAUUUACUAUCUUGAUCCUAAUUUGUGAUUGUAACAUUUGGAUUGGUGAAAAAAGAUGAUUUGUUGAGGCAUGAACUCUUACAACCCACAUAACUUUUGAUUUUUUAUAAGACUCACAUGAUAUGUCUAUCUAUCACACAUUCUUGAUUCUUCUCUGUGGGUUUUAAAAAAUAUUUCAUCCAGUGUAAGCUAAGGUUUCCUCCUUGUCGGUAUUAAGCCCCUUUUCGAAAUUCCAAAUAACCAAAAUCUUGUCAUAUUUUUGUCAAAUUUUUUAUAUGUUUAUCCAUAUCUAUCUAUACAAAUAGUCCCUUGUCGGUCACAUUUUGCUAUUGACGGCCAUUUAUUCAAGGUGUUAAACAACGGGUCAAAGUGGAAACAAUUGAAUUACGGCCAUUUGCAUUUU